AUGGCUUCAAAUCUAAAUAUAAAACGUGGACCAUCGAAAUGUGAUUCAAAUAAGCCAAUUAAAUGUUGCGUGCAUGGUGACAAAUGUUCAAUUGGGCUGAAGACAAUGUCAACGGAAACUUUAACUCGAAGCGAAAAAUCCUCCGAGAGUAUUUCAUUUGAAGAACAAGAACCAAUUGUAUUUCGUUUACAACGCGCAGAAUCAUUUACAAAAUUUAAGUUUACACGAUUUCUUGGUCAUGAAUAUAUUUGUGAAAGAAAUGAAAUUGAAAAGGAUUCAAGGAAAAUGAAAGAAUCUAAAAGUAUAGAAGAUAAUUCAGCAUUUCCAAUGAAACGUUAUUACAUUGGUAUCGUUACACCACAAACUGCUGAAUUAUUCGUUUCACGUAAUACUGCCUUUAGACUAUAUCAUUCACUUAAAGAAAUAAACGAUGAGAAAGUGCCAUUAUGCAUUGUUUACAAAAAUAGCCGUGGCGAUUUCUAUCACUAUCUAAUCAGAGAACGAUUUGAUAAGAAUCUUCAUACAGAUUUACUUUAUGUAGAUUGCGGUGAUGAAGAACCACCAGAAUUUAUUGGAAUUGAGGCACUUAUCAAAUACUACACCGUUUAUGCAUCAUUGCAUUCGUUUUCACUUGCAAAUGGACUUAGUGUAGACGUUUUCCCAUGGUGGCAUUUAAUCAGCAAUGUUUGA